AGAGAAUAUCACUUGGUCUGUAAUAGGAAAACAAACCGCCCAAGCGAAAAAGGUCUAUUGCCGAACAUGUAAGACCAUGUAACACGAAGGUUCACCUUUUCGCUUCUUCCGAGCAUAACACAGAAACAAUAGCUGAAAAUCACCAGAAGUCUUUAACAAUAUAGUAAUGUGAACAAAAUUAUGAGAAAUCUAUUUCAAAAUGUGAAUUUUGCAGCGCCAAUUUUACGGUUCACUGGGUCUACCGCUGACUCUUUUUUACUAAUUUGGUAAAUUGUGUGACUUCCAGAUUUGUGUAAUUGAUUGCUUUCGACAAAUUUCAGCGAGUGUGGAAACAUCGCAGCUAUGGAUUCACAGACAACAGGUCUAAACAGAAGAAAACAUCAACAGCGACAGGAGAUGCUUCACACAUUGAAUUCGUUUAGAAAGUCUCAAACAUUUUGCGAUGUGUUUCUCGUUGCGGACAAUUUUCGACUUCCCGCUCACAAAGUUGUACUCGCUGCGAGCAGUCCCGUCUUCAAAGCUUCUUUUAUGAGCGAGUUGGCUGGAGGCGACGAAUUCAAAGUCGAUCUCCCAGAGUUUAUUCCAGAAACGAAAAUUAUCGAGGAACUUUUGAACUACGCUUACACCGGAGAAGCGGAAAUUUCCGACGACAAUGCCGAGGAACUGUUAGUUAUAGCCGAUUAUUUUGAUAUCCCGAGCCUAAAAGAAACUUGUGCCGAGUUUUUGAUGAUCAAUCUUAAGCCUUCAAACUGCUUGGCGAUUCAGAUCUUUGCCGAGAGAUACCGCCAUCAACAGUUACACGAGGCCGCCACAGAAUACAUUUGCAAUCAUCUCGGAGACAUUUGGAAAACAGAGGAGUUUUUGUCUUCGGAUUUCGAAGAUGUGAAAGCGCUCAUUUGCGGCGAGAGACUGGAUAUUAAAACGCAAAGAGGUGAAGAAGAGGUUUUCGACGGAAUCAGGACAUGGGUAAAGCGUGAAAGCGAAACAAGAGAGCAUCGCUUUGCGGAACUUUUCAGCCAUCUUCGCUUGUCGGCCAUGUCGCUUCAAUUCAUCACCGAGGUCAUUGACCGUGACGAGUUCGUGACGCGUGAUCACGAAUGCAAAAGUUUGGUAACAGCAGCUCUUACUCUCCCGGACGAAGAGCGUGACGAGCCACGAGGUGUCGCGGAAGGUAUUGUGCUAUUGAGCAAGAAUGGAUGCGCUUCUUGUUAUAUUCCCGCAUCAAAAACCUGGUUUGAUUUGUCUAGAUUGCCGAGCUUCAACGAGGUAAGGACAGUGACUGUUUGUGAAGGCAGACUGCACGCCAUUGGCUGGGAAGAUGACCGUUUAACGAUUGAAAAAUUCGACCCGAAGAAAAACAUUUGGUCGGAAGUACUGUCCACGUUUAGCAGCCUUCCUUUGGCGGCCGUGACGGUGGAAGAUAGCAUUUGUUUGUUCAAGGAAAGUAGUGUGACGCUUUACAAGCCGAUAGACAAUUCCUGGCAAGAUAUGGCCCCGAUGCGCUCAUCGAGAAGGGGCUUAUGUGCGUUGUCGUUGAACGGGCUCAUUUACGCGAUCGGGGGCCACGAUGGACAGCAGGGGCUCAAUAGCGUCGAGAGAUACGACCCUAGCAACGACCAAUGGGAAAACGUUGCAUCUAUGGACGAGACGCGUUGCUUCGCAAGUGCGACUGUCAUGGACAAUAAAAUCCUCGUGGUGGGAGGCACGGGCGAUUUUUUUCUCCCGCUUCAGAACUGUGAGCUGUACGACCCCACAACAGAUGUGUGGAGCUUGCUGCGCGCGGAACUGUGUGUUCCUCGUUCUAACGCGGCCAUCGGCAAAGCAAAGAAGAAGAUUUUCGUGUUCGGUGGAAUUUACAGUAAUGGGAUCGUGGAAUUUUACGAUAAGGAUAAAGAGGAAUGGGCGGAAGUUGGAAAGAUUCCGUCUACAAUGUCGUUCAACCACGCCUGUGUCACGUGGCUCCCGAAAGCUCUGUUUAAGCAGCUGAAAGGCGUUAAGCUUCAACAUGACCAACAAAACGGUUAAAUAACGAGAGCUGAGUGAACAUGAGAAGAAAUGACUUUGCUCUAAAGAAGUAACAGGUUUAGAGACACGCGCGUUUCUGGCAACGGUUCAUCAACGUCUGUUUGCUUUGAUAGUAUGCCUGUGAACAGGGUUCCAAACACACCAGUGAUAGCUUCAUUUCAUGGAACAGUAUUUGACAAAUUCCAGGAAGGCAUCAGGAAGCGAUGAUGAAUUACAAAAAGUUUAAUUCACUCGCACCGCGAAAUCUCCUGUUACAUUAUUUGCAUUCUUCACAAAGUUGCUUUCAAGUAAUUUUUCAAUGUUGUUCAACAACAUACAUGUAACACCUUUUCUUUAACAUAGCCCAGAGCCAGAAGCUCUCUCCGCUGUAUAAAAAUGGCUCGCUGUUGUAUUAAGCUUCAUUUUAGGACUCAAAAGUAAUCACAGUUCAAGCAGCUAUGCUACCUAGGUACUGAACGAAUCUAACAGAGAUACAGCUAUGUAGAGCGGUUUUCAAUUGAGUGGGGCAAAACCAAAACCAAAAUAAUCACUCUAGCCAAUCACAAAGGCCUCUUAAA